AGCGGAAGUAGAGAAGCGAUAGACGGCGACUCCGUACGUUGCAAAUGGCAGACGUGGUGCGUGAUAUACUUAGGUAGAAAACCGUCACUUUGUUUGCGUCGCGUUCCUUCGUGACCGUCUUGUUGCUCAGCGAGGAAGUGGACAGAGCCGUCCCGUAGCCGCUCGUCACGUCGCGUGCACAUAGGUCGCGUCAAUCAGAUCCCUAAUUCGCAGGAAGGUAGCGGGCCGGCGAGCGAGCGGGCGAACGCCUUGGGAGAUCCGACGAGAAAUUGCGAGAAAUUGCGAGAAAUUGCGAGAAAAUCCGUGGUACACCUCGGAAUCAAACGACCUCGAACGGAAAGGCGGACAAUGGCGAGGCUGAUCAAUGUUUGGCGAGACGACGAGCCGGUGAAGCUGGCCAGCAAGCAAAUGCCGCUGAUCGUCGACGAGAACCUGACGAUGAUUAUGGAUAUAACUGGUUUGGGAGCUAUCUGUGAUAAUCCCUUGAUCAACGGUAAACAACUGGAUGAGUUUACAAAGAAAUUUGCAUUACUCACAAUGGAAGAAAUCAAAACAUCUUUUGCAGUUACUUGCAAGAAGAUAGUUGAAAUCUUGAGCGCUGCAGAACCAUGUGUCGGCUGCCGAAGAAGUGUUGAAAGAUUAUUCACCGAUCUGAUGAAGUCAGGACAUCCUGCAUUAGAUCCUCUAGUUAUCACUCCCGAUGGUGUGCUUUCUAUAAAAGACGACAUUUUAAAAUCGCCUCAGCAGCUCUGUACAUUGUUACAUGGACACAGCACUAGGUUAAAUAAUUUAAUGGAAAAACAACAAAGAAAUAGAAAGUCUCAACGAUGUGUACUGCAUACUCUGGAAAUUCAACGGUUGCCACCUAUAUGGAAUUCUUGGAGAGAAGUAUGGGAUUGCAUGGAGCUACCAUGUCGGCAGGAAUUGACUUUAAUAGAGACCGAUACGCUUGAUGAAGCUUUAGAUACUUAUUUGCGUAAACAUAGAUUUUGCGCCGAGUGUCGCAACAAGGUGCUAUUGGCGUCGUCUCUCCUGACCCGAGAACCCGAACCUAUAAAAGAAAAAGGUUACGUAGCAGUUUUAUAUUCUGGAAUUAAGCGUUGCUACCGCGACCAUCACGUUCAUUUGCCACCCAUCACAGAAUAUAUGACCACUCUCCUUGGUCGCGCACAACCAUGGGCACUUAUGGGAAGAGAGCGCCACGCGAAAACGCUGGAAAUUGCUCAAGAAGAAGUACUUACGUGCUUAGGUAUAUGUAUCGCAGACCGACUACACAAAAUACAUCGACGAAUGAAGGAGGAAGAAACUGUGUGCAAAGUAUUAGCUGCUGUUGCAGUGGAUGCAUUGUCCAGAAACUUUCAGUCGGCGAUUGAAAAGAAACAAGGUAUCUCUCAAUUGGAAUUAUUCUACAAGCAAGUUGCAAAGGAAGAACUAGCGAAACAACACAAACGUGAAAAAUUACGUCUUAAACGUAAGAAGAAGAAGGGACGUCGCAACGAAAUAGAGGAAAAGGAGAACUCCCGUGAUUGUUCAAACGAAAGAUCACAAAGUGACUCCCCCUGUACCUGUGUAGAAUCAAAGCCGACGACGCAGAACAUCAAUCGGCAUAAAUUGCAGGUCCUAGAUCCAAAAAACAAAGGUCCGCCGACGUGUAAAUGUCCAGAUUGUUUAAAGAAGCCAAAAACACAUAGUAUAUCACAAUCGCAAAGUAAGACAGAAUUAGCAUUCCCUGUGAAAAAGGGUUCACAGAAAGUUAAAAAGAUCACUUCUGAAACAAAGAAAAAUCUUAAUACAAGUCAAUCGAAGCAAAAUAGUACACCUUGUAAACAAUUAUCUCAGGAGGAUUCAUCCGAUGUUUGCGAGUCGUGUAAGGAGGGUGAGAAAAUUGAUGAGAAUCAGUGGCGUUAUGACGACAAUUGUAAAGAUUCCAUGACUAACGAGCUGGUAGAUGCGUGGAUAACGGAGCCAAGUGAAAAUAAAUAUACUACGUGGAUGGUAAUGAAGAAACGUUUCGAAAUGUCCGAAAGAAAAAACCACACCUCAAGCGAACAAUCGUCUCAAGAUUGCGGAUACUCUUCCGAACAUAAUAUUAGUAGUUCUUCUCUUCCUAGCACACCGGAAGGUUCUGAAGUAGCUUGUAAUGAUGAAUGGUGUGAUCACGAAGGGACUUGUCACGAUAAAUUUAAUCAUUCCAAUUCUAGCAUCUCUUUAUUGCAAAAGAAAGGUCCAACACUUACACAAAUGUUGAAGGAUUCCUGUUUUUCUGACGACGACGAAAAGGAGAGUUAUAUUCCAGUGGAGGAAGUAUUAGAAUUUAAGUCGAGAGUACGUCAACUCACGGAGAAGCGGCGACAACUCCGGCAAAUACUUAGAGAACGUUUUGCUAUGUUGUGCAGCCAUCAGAAACCACUUAGCAUUCUUCAUUAAGAAUUCCUACUACCUAUGGUAAUAUAUCUCCAUCUUUUUCUUCUUUUUUUUUUUACUUUGAUUUACUGUCAGUAGUGAGACACGAAUGUAAUAGAUGUAUUUUGGAGAAACUGUUAUCAUUCGAAGUCGACCUGAUGUGAAUAAAAUGCUGAAUAUAUGUAAUUAAGAAGCCAAAAACAUUAUACAAUACUAUUUAUCUCUACGUGCAAAAAAUUGCAUCUGAAAAAUAAAAAAUACUGGGAGAUUGAAUAGUUUCAUAUCUGAUGUUAAACAAUAACGUCGAUUUUGCGAAAAGUACAGAAACACACACAUAAAUUGAGAUACCAUAAAAUUAGUAUACGGAUCAACUUGAAUUGAUGUAUAUUGAUGUAUAUCUCGAAAUUGAUUGUAUAGUUCUUUGCAAUUUAAGCAAAUAAGUAGAUAUUUUGAACGAACAUGCCUUGGCCGUGAAAAUAUGGCAGAUCUGAUUCCGCAGUAAAUGCAAGUUGUUAAAGACAAGUUUUUCAGUGAUUUGAAAAGUAUUGUAUUUUCUUGAAAAUCUUUAUUUUCAAGACUGUUUACGCGGCGCUAUGACUAUGGUGAAUUCGUGUCAAUGUUGUAACAAAAAGAGAUGCGAUAUAAUUUUGUCGGAAUCCUAAUAUUAAAAUCAAUGUUGCAUUCCAUUAUAAUAUAUAUACAUAUAUUUUAUUAUUCCGAUGUAUAUCCUCUCUGUGUAACUUCUAUUACACGCACUGUAAAAAUAUUCUAUAUAAAAAGAAUUAUUAUGUCGUAAAAUCGUACACAUAUAUAUUGUAUGUUGCAUCAAAGUUAUUAAAAAUAUUUAAGCCGCUAUCUACUGGUAAUUAGUUGUAUAAAAUUCAAUUCGUCACCGAAUUUGCUUCUCUUAGAUUUUUUAUAUAUAUUUACAUAUCAGUACAUAUUUACAGGAGCAAUGCCUCCUUUUUUAUCAAUUGAACAGAAAUAUCAAGAGUCUAUAGAUCAUCUUUUUAAGAUUUUAUAUGUUUAUUCUUGAAUAUUUCAAGAAACUAGUAAUUAUACUUGUAACUUCAAAUUAGAUUUGACCCGAUAAUUGACAUCUUUUUUUUUUACUCUUAGACGUUCAC